CAUGCCGUAUGAUGCUAAUGUCAACAUGUAUCUUCUAGACAUGCAAUAUGCAGAGUCCUACAGAUGAGUUAAAAUGGGUCAGUCGCAAUCCGCAGAACCCAGCAGGGAAGUGCCGGUUGAGCAAUUGAGCCACGAAUUGGCUCUACGCUUUGCGUCCAAAUGUUACUCACACCUGGAGAUCGCUCACUACAAAGACAACUUCAAGACCCUAGCCGACCAUCAAGAGGAUCUCGAGUAUUGGAAAGAGGACACCUUAUGUCGCUUUCUUGCUUUACCCGAACCCCUCAAGGCUGGGCCAGUCAUAUACCAGAUGUGCACCUAUCUAGGAGCAUUUCCAUUUCCAGCUCUCGCACCAUGUAUAUUGACCAGAGAAGCCAUGCUGAAGAUCGUGACCAUCAUGACCGGUAGGUACAAGAAAGUCUUGAAACGAGGCGACCAGGACAAAGCCAAAUUGUUAUUUCGAAGUCUGGCGGUGUUCGACCGAAAAGCCAGCGUUUCUUUACCCAAGGAGAAACCGGACAUGGAUGCACUUGUUCGUGAUCAAUUACCCGAUGACAUGAUGAAGGAACGAGAAGUACAAGAAGGCAUGCAGUCUCAUGCUUCGGGAUUUGCUAUCGACGAACCCGCAAACGACGAUGAGGACGAGGAUGACGAUGACCUGGCACUUGCUGCGCUGGACGCACUGGACGCGAUCGAAGUCUUCAAGCAAGACCAGCGAACAGAUCGCAAGAUUCAUCACGCCAUGAUCCCUGCAGACAACCUCAAGAAGCUAAUCAUGUUUCUACUGCUCAUCGCUGGUCUCGAACCAUUGACACCACUUGGUAGCUACGGAGACAAAAUGGACUCAGAGAAACUGCAGGCGCUGAAUGUAUCAGCCGAUGCCACUGUCGCCGCAUUCGACCCCGACGCGCACAACAAUGGCGUCCGGUACGCGAACUUCGUCAAAACUGUCGCUACAGCGAUCCCUGAGCUUUUCGACCCUCUCAACAACCUCUUCGAACAUUUCUUGUUUAGCAAAAACAUCAACUUGAACAAACACCGCGACACACCGGAACCCAUCAUCACCAUCGAACCCAAACCCUCACCUAUAUACCGCAACCCCGAGGACGACAGCUAUUCCAUAUUCACCGACACACUCCUCUCCCAAAUGUCCAUGUCCCUCAAACUAUUCAACCCGUCAGGCUCGUUACUCAACAUCUUUGCUUCAGGCGCAAGAUUCAAUCGCCUCUACUCGUCCUCCUCAGAUGGGACAUCCCUCAGCUCCUUCUCAAGACAAGUCAUGUCCUGGCAAUCAGGCACUUUACUGCUCAUUUCGGGCAGCCUGAACGAUACGCCCGAGCCGAGCAAGACGAUAACCCUAGGCGCAUACAUGCCCGAGAAAUGGCACGACCCCAGCUCCGGUUCCGGCUCCAGACCACCACCAUCAUACGAGGGCCCGAAACCAUGCCUCUUCCAGCUUCAACCGCGCCAGGCAGUCUUCGCCGCGAACCCGUACAACCGCACAACCCCGUGGUCCUAUUUCUCAAACAAGACGGGUAUAGCACUAGGCUGCGUCAUCCCCCAGCAAUCACGGACGAACGCGGCUCCUCUUGCGCCCGUUCUCGGACCCGUAGGUCUGCUGAUCGACAGGGACAUGUCGACUGCGACGUUCCAGCACGACGGCCAGGCAGGAACAGGCGCGUUCGUGACCGAUCCGGGUCUCGAAACGGCGCAGACGCACCAGCCCACGACCGCGCAGCGGAAGAAAGUCGAGUUCGACAUCGAUAGUCUCGAGGUCUGGGGGAUCAGUUUCCCCGAACAAGGCGCGGGGGAGGAUGAACUUACGAAACAGAAGAAGCGUCUUGCUUGGGAAGAGGCUGAGGCUGCGAGACGGCGUGGAGUCAAUUUCGGUGGGGAUAAGGAUGGCGCGAGAGCGCUGCUCGAGAUGGCGGGCUUAGUAGGAGACAAGGCUGGGACCAGAAGUGGUGGAUCAGUAUAGCGAAAAGUGUGAGAACAUA